CACGCGCUUUGGCUCCCUCAUUGUUCAAGGUUCGGCGACCGUGGAGGAGCGAGCGCCCUUCGGCCGCUCUGCGCAGGCGCUGCAAAGGGCCCUGUCCCCGAGGUUACGCUUUCAAGACACACCCCCUCCUAAAAGGAAUGACGUCAGGUUAGAGCCCCGGGAAAGGGUCUGGACAUCCCCAAAUCCCGGCGCUUUAGCCUCAUGGGCCUCCGUCCUCGGACCCCAGAGGCGGGGCUUCUCAGCGGCUGACCGACUGCUACCGACUGCGCUGUCCCGUGUGCCGGCUGUUUGCUCGCCAUGCCUCCGCCGCGGGGUGACGUGACCGUCUUAUUCCUGGGGCCUCCGGGCUCGGGAAAGUCUGCUCUGAUCGCAGCGCUGUGCGACAGGGAUGUGGAGACGGUAGAGAUCCCCGACGGACGGCCGGAUUCCGGGCUCCCCAGCCUGAGAGCUGCAGGCCCAGGCCUUUUCCUGGGCGAGCUGAGCUGCCCACCCGCAGCGCCGGGGCCGUGGGCGGCGGAAGCCAACAUGCUGGUAUUGGUGCUGCCCGGCCCCGAGGGGAAUGAGGAACCCUUGGCCCCAGCGCUGGGGGAGGCAGCGCGGGCCGCCCUGGCCCGAGGGACCCCGCUGCUGGCUGUGCGGAACCUCCGUCCCGAGGAGUCACAGCAUGUAGCCCAGGCCCGGGAUCACACCGCAGCCCGGCUGGACAGCGCCGGGUUGGGCGCCGCGGCUCUCUUUGUGCUACAGACCGACUGCCGCAGCAGCGACGGCUGCGAGGAGCUAGAGCGCCUGCGGGCGGCGCUGCGGAGCCAGGCGGAGGCACUGCAGAGGCUCCUGCCACCGGCUCAGGAUGGCUUCGAGGUGCUGGGCGCUGCAGAGUUGGAGGCUGUGCGCGAGGCCUUCGAGACGGGUGGCCUGGAGGCGGCGCUGUCAUGGGUUCGGGCCGGCCUGGAGCGACUGGGCAGCGCGCGCCUGGACCUGGCCGUGGCCGGUAGGGCUGACGUGAGCUUUGUGCUGAACAUGCUACUCGGGUUAGAUCCUGACGACCCAGGUGCGGUGCCUGCUUCGGCGCCCGCGGAGCCCAUGCCCUACCCGGCCCCAGAGCGCCCCAACGUGGUGCUCUGGACCGUGCCUCUGGGCUCCGCGGGCACUGCUGCCGCCCCCCACCCAACCCACUACGACGCUCUCAUCCUCGUCACCCCUGGGCCCCCCACUGAGAAGGACUGGGCCCAAGCCCGGCCCUUGGUGCUACCAGAUACGCCGCUGGUCUGCGUGCGAACAGACGGCGAGGGCGAGGAUCCGGAGUCCCUGGACGAAGAGGAAAAGAGCGGCGAGAGCUUAGAGAACGCAGGCGGAGGGGGGUUUGAGAAUGCACGCAGUGAGGGAAGGGAGAAACGUGGCCCUGGAUCGCAGAAAGCAGGCAGUGGGGAAGGUUCAGAGGACGCAGGCAGCGAGAGUUUGAAGCCGGUUGGCGUCGGCGUGAAGAAACCGGGCAGCGGGGACUCAGAGCGCGCGGCCGCACUGAGCCCAGAGGACGAGACGUGGGAGGUGCUGGAGGAGGCGCCGCCGCCGGUGUUCCCGCUGCGGCCGGGUGGCCUCCCGGGGCUGUGCGAGUGGCUACGGCGUGCGCUACCCCCGGCCCAGGCGGGAGCGCUGCUGCUGGCUCUGCCACCCACGUCUCCCCGCGCGGCCCGGACCAAGGCUGCGGCGCUGCGGGCCGGGGCGUGGCGGCCAGCCCUGUUGGCUAGCCUGGCGGCGGCGGCGGCCCCGGUACCGGGGCUGGGAUGGGCCUGCGACGUGGCGCUCCUGCGAGGUCAGCUGGCCGAGUGGCGGCGGGCGCUGGGGCUCGAACCCGCGGCGCUGGCACGACGCGAGCGCGCGCUGGGCCUGGCGCCGGGGGAGCUGGCCGAGCGGACGCGCUUCCCGGGUCCGGUGACGCGCGCCGAAGUGGAGGCGAGGCUGGGCUCGUGGGCGGGCGAGGGCACCGCCGGGGGCGCGGCGCUGGGCGCGCUCUCCUUCCUCUGGCCGGCGGGCGGCGCGGCGGCCACAGGGGGCCUGGGCUACCGCGCGGCGCACGGCGUCCUGCUGCAGGCGCUCGACGAGAUGCUGGCCGACGCCGAAGCAGUGCUGGCACCGCAGGUGCCCGCGCAGUGAGGGGGGUGUUGAGGACCGGGGCUUCCGGGGUGCCCCGUGUCCCGGCUGCUCGGCUUGGUCAGGGGUUGAGGACUCCAAGUCGCCGUAAGAGGGAGAGGGCGUGGGGAUCCAGACUCUGGCAUGCUAGUAUGGGAUGUCUGGGCUUGUGAGAU